AUGGAUCCCCAAGCGAUUGGCGAGAAUACACCUCUGAUUUCCGUCCCCCCUUCUGCUACCAGCCCCGGCCCCGGCCCCGGCCCCGGCACCGACACCGACAUCGACAUCGACAUCGACACCGACACCGACACCGACACCGAGCCCCAGCCCCAGCCCCAGCCCCGGCCGCGGACGGCAAGAACGGUCACAUUCAGCUCCGAUCCCGUCACCAAGACUUUUGAGUCGGAUUCUUACCCCCCUCGGGGCGGCAAUCCGCCCUCCGCCGCCAGCCUUUCUGCCGCUCCCCCUCGUGCCGGACCUCCAGUGUUGACGGCAUUGAACAACAAGCUCCGGAGACGAAACAGCCAUGGCGCCGUCCAACAAAUCAUCCAACCCCAUUCGGGACCGGGACCCAAGAUAGGCCCCCAAAGAAGCACCAAGAAAACCGAAAAGCUCAAACUCUUGCCCAACCCCGACAUUGAGGACGGAGAGGACGAGGAAAGCGGGCGAGACGUUUACUCGCAGUACACCCGAAUCAAGGACCCCAACGCGAGGAGAGACGCGGCUCGGCUGGGCAAAGGAGACCGCGAUCGGCUCCCCCGCGUGACCGCCUAUUGCACCGCCGACAAGUACCGCAUGGAUUCCCUGAUGCGUUUCCUCAAGGGCCGCGGCAAGUUGCGAGGCGCCAAUCCCAAAAUCAUUGACGAGUGCAUAUACACGCCAUACUCGUACAGCAAGCCAAGCAGGAUCCAUGAGGACCCUGUCAGAAAGCACGAACGACGCCACUCGACAGGCAGUGAGAGCUUGGAAGAUGAAGACCGCCGUCAUCACAUCUUUGCUCUGCACAAUGCCGGUCACGACUCUGGAUAUGGCGGCGACGAGUUCCCUGGCGGCGACGCUGCCGUUGCCGCUGCUGUUGAUUCGUCCCAGCCGUGUAACGAGACCGUGUUGGGCCCAAGCGUGACAGAAGAGGCCCCCGCAGCCGAGGGCGCCUCACGGGUUGACACGCACGUUUACACGCCAGAGGUCUUCCUCUUCGACUACGGCGUGGUUGUCAUAUGGGGCAUGACCGAGUCGCAAGAAGCCAAGUUUCUCAAAGAGCUAGCCAAGUUUGAGCUGGAAAAGCUCGCCCCAGAUGACAUCGAGACUGAGCUCUUCAACUUUUACUACACCCGCGACUACCAGGCGCGCAUAUACAAUGACUUCAUCACGCUGAGAGACAAGAACAACUACAUGAUCAAGCUUGCUAUAUCUCACGCGCUGGCGCAGAGUGUCAAGACAUCAUUGUACGAAGAGCUCAUCGCCACCACUGUCGAAACAUGCAAAGAUAUCCCCGCCCACAUUGCCCUCACGGGCAAAAUCAACCUGUCUCGGAAGCAGAUCAACAUGCAAAUCGGAGACCUCUUCAUCCUCCGCAUCGCCAUCCAUCUCAACGGCUCUGUCCUCGACACUCCCGAGCUCUUCUGGGUAGAGCCCCAGCUCGAGCCCGUCUACCAAGCCGUGAGGAGUUACCUGGAGAUGGACCAGCGCGUUGGUCUGCUGAAUGAACGGCUCGAUGUGAUUGCCGACCUGCUGGCUGUUUUGAAGGAUCAGCUAAGCCACGGCCACGGAGAGAAACUCGAGUGGAUUGUAAUUGUACUCAUUGCCAUGGAGAUUUUUGUGGCUUGUAUAAAUAUUGUCGUUGACGUUUGGGCUGGCGACGUGUGA